AUGACAGCAGCAUCCUCCAACGACAACAAGGCACGACCCCCUGCUCCUCCUCCUUCUCCCUUUGCAAUCCUCGGCUCAUAUGUCGUUUUGGGAACCAUCGUUUCCUUUGCCUUUGGCCGCGAGCCUGGAACACUGCCUGAUAAUAUCAUUAAGGAGGUGUCUCCUGCCUUGAUUGCCAUUUGUGGUUUUCUCAUCCGUUAUUCCCUCUGGGAUGUCAUGGCUGUAGGCAUGGCCAAGGGAAAGAUGAAUUGUUUCUACAAGCGGUAUGACGAUUUGCCAGCCAAGUGGCCGGAAGCUGUCUUUUUGGCUCAGCGUGCCCAAACCAACCAAGUCGAGCAACUACCAGUCUUUAUUAUGGGGGCACUCGGGUGUGCUAUUGUGGUCAAUGGGACUGUCGCUGGCGUCCUGGCAGUGAUUUGGGCAAUCUUGCGCCACAUGUAUGCCGAGGCGUACCGUCGCGGCGUUGGAAAGAGUCUUGAGGAAAUUGGACUGGGCCGCUUCACAAUUCCAGCUUAUUUUGCUUCCAACAUUCCUCUCAUGGCAACCAUGAUUCAUGCUAUCCGCUGCCUUCUUGCUUCUGAGUAA